CCCACAAUGAGAGUCGCGAGGGGACCGGCGCUUUGUGGUGUGCGUUGCCUGCUGGGAGUUGUAGUCAGGAGGGGCAGGUGGGAAGAGGCCUUGAAGGGGCAAACUCUUUGAGGCUAUGGUGCGGGCCUCUGGAUACCGGCCGAGUUUGGGUAAUGCGGAAAACCAAUACGGCAGCAAAGUUUCCUGGAAAAGGACUUUGUUUUUGGCUUCGUGGGGUUGUGGAUAGAACGAAGCAUCGUUUAAUUGCAUAAAGCGACUGAUGCUCACUUUAGGGAGUAGUCUCGUUAAGGAGUAUUUGGGGAAAGGCAGCGGCACGACUAUAGGAGCGGGUGGGAAUUUUCGUUUAGGUUGAGACAACGGGGAGAGGGUUUGAGAGCCGUGGGGCUAGAGAGGAGUGGGUUGUGUCCCGCCUUUGUUUGAGUGAGGGGGUGAAGAGUCACCUGAGGAAUUAAAAGAGGACUGAGCAAUGGUCAGAGACUACACCCCACUUUGCAAGACUUUCAAUGAACUCUUAACAGAAGAUGUCAUCUGGACUCACAGAAGAACAGAAAAGGAAGAUUGAGCAGAAUAGGCAGAAGGCUUUGGCAAGGAGAGCAGAACGACUAGCAGCUCAGCAGGGUGGCUUUGCAAAGAAGCAGUCUGACCUGCAGAAUCUUGCUAGCUGUCAAGGAAAACUGCCACAGCCUUUGAAGAGGGAGAACCAUCAUACCAACCUCAGCAGCUGUAACCUCCAGGUCUUGGACAACCAUGUGUUGCAGGAGGGCCUUCAAGUGCCCCACAGUUGCUUUGGCUCAAACCAACAGGUGGCCAUUUUGUGUGGUGCCCUAUGGAAGAAUGAUUUGGAGCCAUCGCCAGUGACACAAGACUCUUUGAGUCACUCUCGUGGGUGUUAUUCUGAUCUGAGUGCUCAGGAGCAAGGUAAAGCAAUCCAAUGUGAUUCUAACACGCUGCACCUAACUAAAUGUUGUGCAGAAAAGCAUCCGUCUAAACUGGAUGGUAAUAGAACCCCUCACAAUAUUGAAGACUCAAAGAUUUGGAAUGUAACUACCAGUGGGUUUGGUGGCAUUAAAUGUAUGCCACCAAUGGACACCAGCAGCACUGCCUUUAAUGAUUGUGAAAAGCAGGCAAGUCCCAGAAAUUCAACCUGUGAACUUUUUGCCAAAAAAGAAGGUAGUAGCAUAUUGCAGUUCUAUGGCACAAAAAAAUGUCCAGUGCCUAUAACAGGAGGCAAGCAACAGAAACCACCAGUUCCUGGGACUGCAGGCAACAUAUCCGAGAUGCCCAUACAGAAAAACGCACACAGUGUCCUCAAAGGGAAAUGUGUGAAGCACUCCAAUGACCGAUUUCGGGUUGAAAUAGGAUACAAUGCUGAACUUAUUGAAAUGUUCAGGAGCUUACCAAGCAAAAAUUAUGAUCCUGCAACAAGGAUGUGGAAUUUCAGUCUGGAAGACUAUAGUCAUCUCAUGGGAGCAGCAGAACAGCUUCCUUCUGUGACUUUGACACCUCUGGAAGGAAUGGAAGCAACCACGAGGGCCACUGAGUCUUCUGUUGGUAGAAGCCCUCAGUUGAGGUCCCUCUUGCAGAUGUGCAUUGGCUGGCAGAAACCGUUGGCAACUAUCAGAGGGAAAUGUGUGCUGAUUUCAUACUCUCGGUUUGAAGUAGACAUUGGCUAUGCCGCUGACAUCAUAGGGGUGUUCAAGCAGUUGAAUUCUAGGAAUUAUGAUAUGAAGACCAGAAAAUGGAAUUUUCUGCUGGAAGACUACCUAAGACUAAUUGAACUGGUAAGGAACUUACCAGCAGUGGAGGUAGAACCAUUGCCUAAGCCAGUAGUACAAGCCUUUGCUGCGCAGUUUGAGAAGUCCAUCGCAAAGGCUGGAGACAUCCUUGAAGUGGACCUUUCGGGAGUGGAUCCUAAAGUUGUGGCCAGCCUCAUGCCGUUUCAGAGAGAAGGUGUGAAUUUUGCCAUCUCCAAAGAAGGCCGAUUGCUUCUUGCAGAUGAUAUGGGCUUAGGGAAAACAAUCCAGGCAAUCUGCAUUGCUGCAUAUUAUAGAAAAGAGUGGCCACUGCUGGUGAUAGCUCCUUCCUCAGUGAGAUAUACAUGGGCAGAGGCUUUCCACAGAUGGCUUCCUUCCUUGUGCUCAGAUACCAUCAGUGUCAUAGCAACGGGCAAGGACUGCCUCUCAGCAAGAUUGAUAAACAUUGUCAGUUUUGACCUUCUCAGCAAGAUGGAGAAGCAGCUGAAAACCACCUUCCAAGUUGUGAUUGUUGAUGAAUCCCAUUUUCUUAAGAAUGGGAAAACUGCUCGAUGCCAGGCUGCAAUGCCUCUUCUGAAGGCUGCCAGACGAGUAAUCUUGCUGUCAGGAACCCCUGCUAUGUCACGCCCCGCAGAGCUGUAUACGCAGAUUGCAGCUGUCAGACCGUCCUUCUUCUCUCAGUUCCGUGCCUUCGGGCUCCGCUACUGUGAUGCUAAGCAGCGGCCUUGGGGGUGGGAUUAUUCUGGAUCAUCGAACCUUGGUGAGCUGAAACUUCUGCUGGAAGAAUCCAUCAUGAUCCGUCGCCUGAAGUCUGACGUGCUUUCACAGCUCCCUGCAAAGCAGCGCAAAAUGGUGGUGGUAGCUCCUGAAGGCAUUAAUGCAAGGACAAAGGCUGAGCUGGCAGCGGCUGCAAUGGAAAUGGCCAAGGGUUAUAAGAGUAAAAAAGAACAGAAGGAAGCUCUUAUUCUAUUUUACAACAGGACAGCAGAAGCCAAAAUCCGGUGCAUCAUAGAGUAUAUUCUAGAUCUAUUGGAAAGUGGAAGAGAAAAAUUUCUUGUGUUUGCUCAUCACAAACUCAUUCUGGACACAAUCAGUGAGGAACUGGAGAAAAAGCACAUUGGGUACAUUCGCAUUGACGGUUCCACGCCCUCAGCAGAGCGUCAGUCCCUCUGCCAAGAAUUCCAGUUCUCUGAGAAGCACUCUGUGGCUAUCCUCUCCUUAACAGCAGCUAACAUGGGGCUUACCCUGUCAUCUGCUGAUUUGGUUGUGUUUGCAGAGCUGUUCUGGAACCCUGGGGUUUUGAUCCAAGCAGAAGAUCGGGCACAUCGAAUUGGGCAAACAAAUUCUGUGAAUAUCCAUUACUUGGUAGCAAAAGGCACAGCUGAUGAUUACUUAUGGCCUAUGAUUCAAGAGAAGAUUAGAGUCUUAGGAGAAGCUGGCCUGUCUGAAGCCAAGUUCUCUGAGACAGCUGAAGCCACAGAUUACUUCUUCUGCAAGCCGGACCCAAAGCAGCAGACCAUCUUAAACCUUUUCCAGAGGACCUUCUCUGAGGAUGCAGAUGAUGUGGACGAAGCCCUGCUGGUGGAAGCUGUCGAUGCUUGUGAAGAUUCUGGACCACAGACUCCAUCAAGUGAAACAGAAGCAAGUCCAUGCAAGAAACAGCGUAUCGAUGACUUUUUUUGCAGACAGUAAUGUUGUAGAAAAUGUUGCUUUUUAUUAUCUAAGGUUGUAUUAUUUAAGGUGGAAAAAAUCAGUGUAAAUUGUUUGAUUGUUAAAAUAAACGUAAUAUCUAUUUUUAAGGUGGGCUAGCCUGUUUGCUGUUAGCUGUUACUCUUUAUUGCUUCUCUGGCUAGGAAAUCAAGAAUCUGCAUUUUGCGGCUAUACCCCCAAUCCAAUAAAAUCUGCAGUGAUGCAGAUGGGUUUUACUACUUGAAUCUUUGCUGUAUCUCUGCAUUUAAUGCCUCUCCACAGGAUUCCUCGGGAGAUGGAAUAUUCUCCUCAUGCAGCAAAUAAAUCCCAUUCUCCAAA